AACUCAGUGUGGCCAUACCACGUGGUUUGUGACGUCAUUUUUGCUAGCACGCUAAGUAGAAAUUUGUCAACAUUGGCCCCGCUUAGAAAUUUCAAAUCCACGAAUUAUGAGACCAAAAGCGACACUAAAACUCUUUUCAGAGCUAACGCUUUAUGACCGGCGAGGAAAGGGCAAGGUCACCAGCAGAGAAUUCGGCCAGUACAUCGAUACCACAAUCGAAAAACUCCACAUGCGUCUUGACCCUGAAAGGCACUUCUUCUAUACAACCUCGAAAAAGAGUGUGUACAAACUCGUUGGUCAAUAUAACGUCGAUGGCAAAGGUGAAGAUGAACCAAACAUCAAGAGCUCUUCCGAUAUUCGUGACCACGAGUUUGACAACCCGAGGAGACUGCGUGUGAAACCGAAGGCAAAGGAGGCCAAAAUGGACUCGAGUCGAAAUGCCGUUGCCAGGGGAACUUUAGGUGUACGGUGGGACUGUGCGAGGAGAAACGAAAGCAAGUUAUUGCCUACGUACAGACUUGGACUAGACAUGAAAUAAAUUUGAUAAGAAACCGCCUUUCCGAAGAAUUCCGUGUUUUAGUAGCUUGACUUGAGCGAGAUAUAUAUAAUUAUUCAUGUG